UGCAGAAAUUCGUAAGUGAGCGUGUUCAGCCGAACUAAGUCCUGAGUAAACUUAGUAAGUUAGUAAGUGCACUAAGCUAAGUUUUCGGCCUGGACACUUUACGGAUACUAAGGAACUUUUUUCUCGCCGCCAUUUUACUUAGUAUACUCACGUAAACGUUAUCAACAAGAAAUAAGUAAUAAAGGAAAAAUAAUACGAUUUGUGAGUCAAAAAUAUUUUUUUUGUGUAAAAUUGAACUUUUACAAAAUGGACGAGUGUAAUUAUUAUAGUAGGAUCUACGAAUAUAAUGAUUUACUUUAUGAAAUAUCUGGAACUAAAGAAUUUCAUAAUAAAAUGAUUACCGAUUGGAAUUAUGCCACGUCUUAUUUAAAAGAAAUGGUAGAAAACCAAGUACUCGAUGAAGAUGUUUAUGUUAAUGACUAAGUAUUCGAUGAAAACGUUUAUGCUGAUGAAGAAGAAAGUUCAAAUCUCAAUCAAUAUGAAGAUUUUAAUAACACUGAAGAGAUCGUCGAAAAAGACAAGAAUGAAGGAUGAUGGCUCAAUAUGGGAUAAUGCUUCUAUAAAACUAUUGCUGCAUGAGUAUUUAAUUCGAAAGAAUAAAUUUAGGAGCCCUAAGAUAAAGAAAAUUACUUUAUGGCGUGAAAUAUCAGCCGAAUUUGAAAAACAAAACCUGAUAUUUUCUGCGGAUGCUUUAUCAAAAAAAUUUGGUAAUAUGAAGACCACUUAUGCUAAAAUAAAAAAAAACAAUUCAAAAAAGACGACUGGAGCUGCCCGUAAACCAUGGCUAUGGUUGAAUUCUAUGGAUGAAAUUUUUCAUAAUGAUCUGUCUAUUAAUUUUCGGCAUGAUGUAGUCACAAGUAUGCCUGCAGACGUAAGCGAUGAAGUCCUGAACUUAUUAAAUUCUUCGUCUGUCAGAGAGAAUGGGUGUGGUUCAUCAGCUAGUAGUCCGGCUUCAGCUUCAAGUUCAAAUGUAGUUCAUUCUGGCGAUGAUUCUGAUAAAAUAUCACAAAAAUGUUAUAAAUCUGCUAGAGGAAAAAAUAUUUAUCAGCAAAGACAAAAACAGCUGGAUCUAGACUCUGAUAAGUUAGAAGUUAUGCGAGGAUUAAAAGACACUCUUGAACAAUGCAAAAAUGUUCAAAAAAAGAAAAUCUUUUAAUUUGGACACAAAAAAUGAAUGAUUUAAUCGAGGCCUAUAAACAACGUAAUCAACUGUUAAAACAAAUACUUGAAUUUCAAAAAUGAAGUAUACUUUUAAUUUUCUCAGAUCUUACAUUCCAUGUGAUAUUAAAUUACGAAUUUAAAAUAAGUGAAUUUUCCAAAAGAUUUUAGUAUAAUUGCUAGUCUUAUAAAUUAAAAAAUAGGAUAUAAGCAUUUUGAAAUUCACUAAUUAUUUUAUCCAGAUGUCAAGUUCUAUUCUAUGUUAAAUUUCUAAUUCUAAAUUAGUACAAUAAUAAUGUUUCAGUAUCUUUAUAAUCUACAUUUAGGGUUU